AUGGCUUCAACAUCUGCCCUUCCAUACGUUCCCCUCGAAUCAUUCCCCGACAACAAUGCCUCGACUCCAGCAACGGGCGGCGACUCGCUCACGCAAAACCUCAAUCUCUACUACGAAUCUGGCGAUAUAGCAUGGAUGCUCACAUCGACGGCCCUCGUCUUGCUCAUGAUUCCCGGCGUCGGCUUCUUCUACUCAGGUCUUGCACGAAGAAAGUCCGCCCUCUCAUUGAUCUGGCUAUCCGUCAUGGCCGUCGCCGUCGUCAGUUUCCAGUGGUUCUUCUGGGGCUACUCGUUAGCCUUCUCGCACAACGCGGGCCCCUUCAUCGGCCGUCUCGAUAACUUCGCCCUCAUGGACGUCCUAGGCCACCCCAGCGUGGGCAGCGAACGCAUCCCGGAUCUCCUAUUCUGCGUCUACCAAGGCAUGUUCGCCGCCAUCACCAUCGCCCUUGCAGUGGGCGCCGUCUCCGAACGCGGCCGCAUGCUCCCCUGCGUCAUCUUCAUGUUCCUCUGGACGACCAUCGUCUACGACCCCAUCGCCUGCUGGACCUGGAACCCCAACGGCUGGGUCUACAAACUCGGCGGCCUCGACUUCGCCGGCGGCACCCCCGUCCACAUCUCCUCCGGCACCGCCGCCCUCGCAUACUCCUACAUCCUAGGCAAACGCACCGGCCACGGCACCCACGCCCUCAACUACCGCCCCCACAACGUCACGCACAUCGUCAUCGGCACCGUGUUCCUCUGGGUGGGAUGGUUCGGAUUCAACGCCGGGUCCGCCCUCAGCGCCAACCUCCGCGCCGUCAUGGCCGCUGUGGUGACCAACCUCGCCGCCUGCGUCGGCGGCAUCACCUGGUGUCUAGUCGACUACCGCCUCGAAAAGAAAUGGUCCACCGUCGGCUUCUGCUCAGGCGUCAUCUCCGGCCUCGUAGCAAUCACCCCAGGCUCCGGCUACGUCCCGGCGUGGGCAGCCGUCGUCUACGGCAUCUGCGCCGGCGUAGGCUGCAACUUCGCCACGCAGCUCAAAUACUGGAUCGGCGCCGACGACGCCCUCGACAUCUUCGCCGUGCACACCGUCGGCGGCUUCAUCGGCAACCUCUGCACAGGCUUCUUCGCCGCAGACUACAUUGCCGCCCUUGACGGCUACACCGUCAUCUCAGGCGGCUGGGUCAACCACAACUGGGUGCAACUCGCGGUCCAGCUCGCCGACUCCGCGAGCGGCUUCAUCUGGAGCUUCGUCAUGACGUCCGGCAUCCUGCUACUCAUCUCCUUCACCUCGCGCUUCAUCCCGGCACUCAAGUUGCGCGCGACGUUGGAAGAGGAAGAGAUGGGCAUCGACGAUGCGGAAAUCGGCGAGUUCGCGUACGAUUACGUCGAGUUGGUGAGGGACGUCAAGCCGGAGGGGAUGCGGGAUCAUGAGGAUUUCGAUGAUGGGCAGAGUGUGAGGAGUUUGACGAGGGGGCAGCCGGCGAUGAGGAUCGAGAAGAAUGAUUAUCCUUUGAGGACGUUUACGAGGGAUACUACUUCGCCUGUUGGGACGGCGACUUGA